AUGGACCGGCUCGACUUUUGUCACGCUUUAUUAGUUAAGACCAUUGGAGACAGGCUGUUUCUUGCACCAAUCAACGAGGCAAAAACCCAUAGAAUCCUCGACGUUGGAACGGGAACAGGAAUCUGGGCGAUGCAAAUGGGUGACCUGUUCCCGAACGCGGAGAUACUUGGAAACGAUCUCAGUGCUAUUCAACCAAAAUGGUACGCGAUUGGAAAUACUGUCAGUCUGUUUGAAAUCGACGAUGUCGAAAGUGACUGGAUUGGGCAGAAGUACGAUUUUAUCUUCAGCCGCUACAUGUGUGGAUCAAUCGUGGACUGGCCCACGUAUAUGAGGCGUGUCUAUGAGAACCUAAAUCCCGGUGGUUGGGCCGAGUUUCAAGACUGGAGUUUUAUGAUCUGUUCCGACGACGGAUCGAUCGAGGGUACCGAGCUUCUUCGGUGGGUGGACCUUUUCAUGGAGGCAUGCAAAGUCUCCGGCCGAGACGGCCAGAUUGGACCAAAGUUGGAGAGCCUGGUGUGGGAAAAUACUGGCCUAAUGAACAUUCACCAUCAGCCGUACAGGAUUCCAGCCGGCCCAUGGGCAAAGGAUCCUCAUUUGAAGGAGAUUGGAAUGUAUGAGCUCAUUCAGCUGCUAGAUGGUCUGGAAGGAUUCUCCUUGAGAUUGCUUUGCGGAGCCCUGGGUUGGUCGAAGGAGAAGGUGCUGGUACUUCUGGCCGGAGUCCGCAAAGACUUGAAGAACCCUAACAUUCAUGCCUGGCUGCAUUAUAAUGUUGUCUAUGGCCAAAAGCCCGACAAGGGAGAAGACUGA